AUGCUGGAAAAUCUUAAGGAAUAUAUCCAAAUAAAUGGAUAUACCAGAAAUGUAAAUCCAUCAUUUCACGCUCUGAGACCAAAGAAGCUUUUUCUAACCAUUUUAAUUUGCGGGUUAUUUACUAUUUUAUUUAUGCUAUAUGAUAUUCACUCGGUUCCCUAUAAAUAUAAAUUAGCUCAGCAUUCUGUUGGGAUAUCUAAAGAAUCGUAUAGAGAUGGUGUUAAUAAAUGUAAUAUGAUAAAACGU